UUAUUUGCAGGGAAUAAAUGUCGUCCAUUGGGCUUUGCACACUCCUAACAAAAUUAUACUCAUGUCACACUCUUACGUUUUCAACCUUAUAAAGAAAAGAAACAUACGAAAAACAAUAGAAAGCUUUUUCCUGGGUUUUAUGCCAUAGUUAAACCCAAAAUCUCUUUCUUUCUUCCAAAGUUCCAACCUUUUUUCCAACAUCAUUAAAGUAAACCUCAUCAAUCAACAAAAAAAAUCCUUUCUUUUAGACCUCUUACACAAAAUUAAGAAUGACAUACAGAGCAAUCCAACAAUGGAUGAAACUUCUAGUUUUCAUGGUGGUCUUUCAGAAAUCAGAAGGGUUAUAUGUAGGAAUUACAAAAGUCAGAAGUGCUGUAGCUAAAGGAGCCGUUUGUUUGGAUGGAAGUGCUCCUGCAUACCAUUUACAUAGAGGACAUGGAACUGGGAUCAAUAGUUGGUUGGUUCAUGUGGAGGGAGGGGGUUGGUGCAAUAACAUCACAACUUGUCUUGAACGAAAAUACUCUCAUUUGGGUUCAUCCUGGAAAAUGGACAAGAAACUUGCAUUCUCAGGAAUUCUGAGUAACAAUCCUAUGUUUAAUCCAGAUUUCUAUAACUGGAACAGAGUGAAAAUCCGGUAUUGUGAUGGUGCUUCAUUCACAGGAAACGUGGAAGCAGUAAAUCCUAUUACUAAGCUUCACUUCCGCGGAGCUAGAAUUUGGCAUGCUGUUAUUGAGGAUCUAUUGCUAAAGGGAAUGAGAAAUGCUAAGAAUGCUAUACUUUCUGGGUGUUCAGCUGGUGGAUUGACUUCCAUUUUACAUUGUGAUAGCUUUCGAGCUCUUCUUCCUGUGGGUGCUAGAGUAAAGUGCCUCUCAGAUGCUGGCUAUUUUAUCAAUGUGAAAGAUGUCUCUGGAGCAUCACAUGUAGCUUCUUAUUUUAAUCAAAUAGUAAACCUACAUGGUUCAGCAAAGAGCUUGCCAGCAUCUUGCACCAGAAGUUUGAAGCCCGUCAUGUGCUUCUUCCCACAAUACAUGGCAAAGAGAACUCGAACGCCUCUCUUUAUACUAAAUGCAGCAUAUGAUUCAUGGCAGAUAAAGAACAUAUUGGCACCAGUUGUAGCUGAUCCUCGCGGCUUGUGGUCUGACUGCAAGAUUGACAUAAAGAAUUGCUCAACUAAUCAGCUUAGUGUCAUGCAAGAUUUUAGGUCAGAGUUCUUGAAUGCAAUAAGUAAACUGGGCAAAUCACCAUCUAGAGGAUUGUUCAUAAACUCGUGCUACGCCCAUUGCCAAACUGAAAUGCAGGAAACAUGGUUUAGUCAUCACUCCCCAGUUCUGCACAAAACGACAAUAGCAAAGGCAGUUGGAGAUUGGUUUUAUAACAGAAGACAGUUGCAAAUGAUAGACUGUGCUUACCCUUGUGAUGGAAGUUGCCAAAAUCGGAUUUUCGAGCCACAAGAACCACAUCAUCAUCACAAAGGUGAAGGUGGAAGACUAUCAUGUGGAAAUAAGCCUUUCCAAAAGUUGCUUCUUGUUCUUAUGUGUUUACUUGGUUAUGUAAGCUUGUUAGAUGACAAUCUUUUUUCUUUUGAAUAAUUGUUAGAUGACAUUUUUAAUUAGGCCUUGAAUUUUUUAGUUACUGAUUCUAUCAUUUUUGUUAUGUUGUUGUAUAAUGUAUACUUAGAUUUGAACAGUUUUGAUCAAUUGUAAAGAAACUUAUUGGAAAGACAGACCACCUAAAACCUAAUUUAAUUGUCGAUUUUGAAUCGUGAAA